UCUUGGAGAUCUGAGAAGAAAAAAAUGCCGGUGAAGGUAGUGAACGCCACCGUCUCCGACUUCAAUGCCAACAAAUUCCGAUCAGAACUGCCAAACAAUAAACCUAAUUUCAUCCUCUUCUUGGUCAACAGAGACAAACCUUCCACCUCUCUCAGCUGCUGUCCUGAAAAACAGAGCUUUGAUUCUGUCCUUCUAACCAGAAAAAGCAUGGUCCACUCAACACCGUUUCGAGCUUCUACUUGCCUUCUAUUUCUUGCAAUGUUCUUCGCUUCAGCCUACUCCACUCCUGACCCUGAAGACCUUCGUCUUGUUGUCUCUGAAUCCACAACUAUUCAAUUAUCUUGUGGCUUGCCUGUGAAAAAUUCUUCAGGUUCUAUACCUGGAACUCUGAUGGUUUGUGAAAGAGUAUACAUCCAAGGAUUAUUGAGGUUCAAAAAUCUUUGGAAGUUUGCACACACAGUGAAAGUGAAGGUUUCAAUGAGAAAUUCAAGUUCUAGGAUACCAAAAGUUGAGGUUUGUUUUCAUAGGAAUAUGUCACUUGGGAUAGGAAUGUGCCCUCAAAGUCAAUGGGAGAAAGCUGUCAUAGGUUCUUGGGCUCAAUCCAUGUCAUCAUUUAACCACAAAAUUUUAGAUAUUAGAACUUCUGGGUCGUCCUUGAAGAAUUUUGAAGUAUCAAUUGAAGAAGAAUUCUUUCUGUAUCGCAUAAUCUUUUUAAUCCUGGGCGUGGUAUUGAUGAGUUCAGCUUCCAUACUGAGCAAGUCGUUGGUAUCCUAUUAUAGCAGUUCUAUGGUAAUUGGAAUUCUCCUUGUAGUGUUAAUAAUCCUUUUUCAGGGGAUGAAGCUUCUUUCUACUGGUCAGAGGAGCUCACUUAGAAUUUUUCUAUACGCAUCUGCAGUAGGUCUGGUAUCUUUUUCUCUUCAUUACACAUUUGGAUUAUUGGAUCAAGUACUUUUGGAAAUGGUUAAUCCUCUAACAAUAGCAGCAUUUCUGGGGGGUUUUAUUUUUCUGAUUGGAACAUGGCUGGGCUUUUGGGUAGUCCACAAAUUUGUUCAUCAGGAAGAUGGAUCGAUUGAUACAAGUAUACCACUUUUUGUCACAUGGUCCAUUCGGAUUUUUGCUACUCUUCUCAUUCUUCAAUGUUCUUUGGAUCCCUUGCUAGCAACAGGAGUUCUAAUAUCUGGAAUAGUGGCUUCAUCAAUGCUGAGGAAAAUCUUUAAGUACAGAUUUCUUUGUCGUCGCCUAUACAAGAAUUUAUUCAAAUCUCCAAAGAAAAGUCCCAUGAGAUCUCAAAAGUAUUAUAUGCUACGUUUGGAUGAUUCUGAUGAUGAAUGCACGUUGAAGACUCCCCUGCUUUAUGAAGACCCUAGGUUCUAUAGACCUCAAAACAAAAACUUCAUGCUGCAGUCCUGUCAUUCUUUUAAAAGUAGUGAUGUAUAUCCUUCAGCGUUCCAUUCCACGCCUAAACGGAGAAAGUUUUCAGAGAAUGAGUGGGAAAAGUUCACCAAGGACUCGACUAAAAAGGCUUUGGAAGGACUAGUUUCUUCACCGGCUUUUAGGAGGUGGCUUGUUGAUCAUGCAGAUAGAAUCGGCAUAGCUUCUCGAAGCAGUUGAGAGUUGAGAAGCGUCGAAAGUGCCUCCAUUGGUUCUGAUUGGUUCUAGGUCGAUAACGAUGCUGUAAGAUUUCAUGAAUAAAACAUGCAGCUGCCUGCAUAGACUUUUCUUAGACAAAUUGAUCACACCCUCUAAUUUGUAUUUCCUUGUAUGCUAGAUCAUUACUCAUCAUCUAUGUUUAGGAUACUUCAAAAAGUGGCAUUUACAAACUGUCUGGACGCCCUCGAGCCUAAGGAUCUUGUUUCACAGCUUUAUGUUGUAAUUCUCUCCAUAUGCUUUAUGCAAUAACCUAUGUCCUUAAAUAUAUUGCAGCGAAGGCUAUUUGUUAGUUUCUUUUAUCUUGUAAGCUUAAAACACCACAUGGCCAUGCGAAAAUGUUGUUGCAGCAUCAUC